AUGGGGAAAUGGCAUGGCUAUGGUUUAAAUAUAGGAAGGCGAACACAUGAAAAGAAGAGGAACUUAGAGGCUGUGGAUUCUAAGGCCUCCUUCUACCCUUCAUCCCGUCUGUAUCCCAGGAUCUACAGUAUCUCGCCAGCAUAUGGGAACAAGAAUAGCAGCUCCCAUCAACAAAUUUACUAUUCGGUUAAAUACGACGAUGAGGAGUUCGAAUACCGGCAUGUCAUGUUACCCAAGGACAUAGCCAAACUUGUCCCGAAGACCCAUUUGAUGUCUGAAUCUGAAUGGAGGAAUCUUGGUGUGCAACAGAGUCAAGGAUGGGUGCAUUAUAUGAUCCACGAUCCAGAACCUCACAUCUUGCUGUUCCGGAGGCCACUACCCAACAAGCCAAAGAGAUGA